UCGGGCAACAGACAGCAACCUACCACUGGGCAGGGGCCUCGGGGACUCAACGGGACUCUAGCUGUGGAGGCUGGCCACAGCACAGCUCCCACCCAGCUUUCUAGGGUCAUUGGGUUCACGGGGACUCAACAGGUAGCGAUGGCUCAAGCACUCAGGGGCACCACAGGUAGCUAUACUCUGGGCAUGCCAUCAGGACACGGGUGGUCAGUGCACACACAGCGGGGCGGUUCGGAACACGGGUGGUCGGUGCACACAUCGGGGACAGUUCAGGACACGGGUGGUCAGUGCACACAGCAGGAACAGUUCAGGACACGGGUGGUCAGUGCACACAGCGGGGACAGUUCAGGACACGGGUGGUCAGUGCGCACAACAGGAACAGUUCAGGACACGGGUGGUCAGUGCGCACAACAGGAACAGUUCAGGACACGGGGUGGUCAGUGCACGCAACAGGAACAGUUCAGGACACAGGUGGUCAGUGCGCACAACAGGAACAGUUCAGGACACAGGUGGUCAGUGCGCACAACAGGAACAGUU